CCUGCCCAGGGAAGAUGCUGAUCCUGGGUGCCAUGUUCAGCCUGGCGGAGCCUGUGCUCACCAUCGCUGCUGCCCUCAGUGUCCAGUCACCCUUCACCCGCAGUGCCCAGAACAACCUGGAUUGUGUGUCCACACGGCGGCCCCUGGAGAGCGAUCAGGGUGAUCCCUUCACACUCUUCAAUGUCUUCAAUGCCUGGGUGCAGGUGAAGGCUGAGCGGGGCAGGAACUCACGCAAGUGGUGCCGCUGCCGGGGCAUUGAGGAGCAUCGGCUGUACGAGAUGGCCAACCUGCGGCGCCAGUUCAAGGAGCUGCUGGAGGACCAUGGGCUACUGACUGGAGUCCAGGCCGUGCCCACUGGGGAUAGCUCGAGCCGGCUGCAGCAGCGCUGUGAGCGCCAGGCCCUGCAGCAGCUGAAGCGGCAGCACGAAGAGGGCGCAGGCCGCAGGCGCAAGGUGCUGCGUCUGCAGGAGGACCUGGCUGGCUGCUCCAGUGAUGAGGAGCGUGGGGGGCCAGGCUCCCGGGGGGCCAGUGACAGUGUGGACAUCCAGGACGUGACGUUCAAGCUCCGGCACAACCUGAAUCAGCUGCAGGCGGCUGCCAGCUUAGCCCAGGACCUGACCCGUGACCAGCUGGUCCUGCUCAAGCUGGUGCUGGGCCGGGGCCUCUACCCGCAGCUGGCUGUGCCCGAUGCAUUCAACAGUGGCCGCAAGGACUCUGAUCAGAUUUUCCACACCCAGGCCAAGCAGGGCACUGUGCUGCACCCCACCUGUGUCUUCGCCAGCAGCCCCGAGGUGCUGCACAUACAGGAGCAGGAGGCCGCAGGCUGUGAAGGAAGCCGAGAUGACAAGGACAAGAUGAGUAGCAAGCACCAGCUCCUUACUUUUGUCUCCCUGCUGGAGACCAACAAGCCAUACCUGGUGAACUGUGUCCGCAUCCCGGCCCUCCAGUCUCUGCUGUUGUUCAGCCGGUCCCUGGACACCAAUGGUGACUGUUCCCGCCUGGUUGCUGACAGCUGGCUGGAGCUGAAGCUGACCGACAGUGAGAGUGCUGUCCAGCUCCUGGCGGCCUCCCUAAGGCUCCGUACCCACUGGGAAGAUGCCCUGGACCAGCAGCUGUCCCACCAAGCCUGGAGGCAGAGGCAGAGGCAGGAGGAGGAGGAGGAGGAGGAGGAGGAGGAGGAGAAGACCCUAUCUGUCAGCCACCAAGAGGUGGCAGCCCUGAGCAAGGAGCUGCUGCAGUUCAUGGCAACCAAGGUCCCCUAUAGCCUUCGACGACUCACAAGUCUGGAAGCCCAGAACCUCUAUUUGGGACCUCAGACCAUCACAGCUGCCCCUAGUGUUCCUGGCCUCUUUGGAAACUUCACCUUAUCCCCCCACCCCACCAAGGGGGGCUACAUUGUCACUGACUUCCUCACUUACAACUGCCUCACGAGUGACACGGACCUGUACAGUGACUGUCUGCGCACCUUCUGGACCUGCCCGUACUGCGGUCUGCACCUGCCACUCACACCUUUGGAGCGCAUUGCCCAUGAGAACACCUGCUCAGAGGUCCCAAGGGACAAUGCCACAGGGGCUGAAGAAGCCCCUGCGCCCCUCCAGAAGGCGUCUGCCCUGCAGAGACCCUACCACUGUGAGACCUGCCACAAGGACUUCCUGUUCACGCCCACUGAGGUACUGCGGCACCGCAGGCAGCAUAUGUGAGCCAGUGCAGCACGGGGGGCUCUCCCCCUGUGCACGUGUGCAUGUGUGUGUAUGGGAUAUCUAUGUGAAUAAAGUCUCACGCUGACUCCACCUUCUGAGCUGGCCUUACACUGGCAGAGCAGCCCAUGUCCUCUGCAGGGUGGGUCCUGCCCUCUGCUGGCACUGUUUCUGAAGGGCCUGGCAGGUCUGGAGCUGGAGUCAAGCAGGGGCUGCAGGCAUCUCAAGUCCAGGUGUGGUGUCCUGACACCUGUCAGUUCUGUCUGUCCUCACACAGUUAUCUUCCCCUUGCUCUGGGAGACCCAGGUGUUUCCACACAGAUGGCGGGGCAGCGAAGGGGGUGUUAAUGUUCACAGGAACCAUCUGAGAGAAGAGACGCCUUUGUUGGGCGUAAUGUUGCAACACUAGGGGCAGCUCAAGAGGGUGUCCCCCAAAGUGAGCCAAACACACUGCUUAGGGAGCCAGAAAGAGGGUGUGGUAAGGGUGUCUGCACCAAUCCCGGGUCUUCUUCUGGGCCGGCCCCCAUGAGGAGGUGCUCCCCCUCUGGUCUGGGUGGGAAUGGCUGCAGGGUGGUCCAGAACUCGCCCAGUCUUGUGAUGGUAAAAGCCCAGCCCAAGCAUCUGUCCUGGUGGGGGCAGUGCCUCCAGGAGCCAGAGCUGUGCUUCAGCAGCAUCUGUGGUCAGGUGGCUUCCUCAAGUCGUCCCUAGAGUGUUCAGAGUGGCCUGUGCUGCCGUGAGGGCAGUCGGUGGCCUGCCUGACUGAUGGUCCUUUGCUUAGAGCAGCCAGGACACCAGAACGGGGCUGCUGCCAGUUAGGGAGUCAAGUUGUCCCGGUCCCCAACAUCUUUGCUCAUUUAGAGGAAAAACAAGUGUUAAAAGGAGUGCUUACAAAAAUGGCUCAUUACAUUAACAGUGACUUCACAGUGUUUAACCUUGCUCUAACAACACUUAACACCUCUCCAGGGCCCAGGGAGAGGUGGGUCCCUAUCGCCUGCUUCAACUUUAACCUCAAACAGACCCAGCCUAUGAGUGGACUCCUCUACUACCCUCACAAAGCCAUGCCACACAUGAGGGCAGCUGCCUCCUCGCUGGUCUCCCUGCUUCCGUCCUCACCUCCCCUGGCCUUCUUUCACUACAGAAGCCACAGUGGUUCUUUCAAAACACAAGUGUUAGAAAUACUGGGGCACUGCUGCAAUCACAAGUCAUAUGCACGUGCUAAAGCUGAUAGGCAAGGGGAAGUCUACUGCAAAAGGGUGUGCCUCUGACCAAAGUCAGGCCAGCCAGCACACAUGGGGCAGAAGGACUGCAUCCACUUUCAUCCCGGACGCAGUACUGCUUCCCCUUGCUCUAAGGAGGAAGCCCUUUGCGAUUGACAAAGGUUGAGGUUUAGGGGACGGCAUGGGUAAGAGAGCAGACAGGAUUGGAGCGCAUGGACACGAGACUUAAUUUGGUUUGUGUGCUCAAAGACAAAGAGGUGAUCCAUAAGGCAGGGAUUCUGGGGAAACUGAGGCCUGACUCAGUUGGAAUGGCAGCACCAAGUAUAUAAUUAACCUGUGGGCCAAGAGGACCUUGAAGCAGAGAUUCCUCUGGACAGUGAUUAUUCUAAAACUAGCAAUUUGAGUUUCAGGACAUCUGAUGAGAAACAGUUCUCUGCUUAAAGGCAGAAGCUUUACAGCCAGGUGACAUGCUGCCGAGCUCAUAGACAGCUGGGGAAAUUAGUGAAUAUUAACACAAUGAUAGACAUACUCCAUAGUGUAAUACUGGGGCAGGGGGAGAAGAAGGUCAAACCCAGGACCCUGAGAUUAAAAGUCUUAACGCUCUACAGACUGAGCCGGCUCUUUGACAGAAAAGACCCAGCUUAGAUGAUCCUCACACAAACCAUAGCCUGUCAGUUCCGUCCACCCUCAGUUCAAAGCGACUUCCUCUUAGAUUGCUUCACAGACCUAACACGCACUUUUCCCUAUUCCCUUGGCUCCAGGCUCACCAGCUCCUUUCUGCCCCUUGCAUGUGCUCUAGGGGUUCCUACCCCAGGACCUUUGCAUGUUAUAUUCUGGUCACUUGGCUGCCUCCUUUCAUUUGAUUUUGUCUCUGCUUACGUAUCCAGCAGCACUCAGGUUUCUUUGGGUGGGAUGUGUCAGUAACUGGGUGGCUGGAUAUGGGGUAGGUACAAGUCAGAGGGCUAUUCAGAAGGGGCAUGAACAUGACCUGGGCUUGAACCUCAGAACUGCUGCAUCCUAUCUUGUGUCUUAGGCCAGUAUCACCUCACUGUACCUCAGUUUCCUCCUCUGUAAAAUGGCACCAUGGUUCCUACCUCCUUAGGUUAGUAUGAGGACCUGAUGUAUGCAGUCUCUGACCAGAUUUCCAAAUUCUUAGUGUCCCAUGUGGAAGCAUCCAGGCAGGACACGUGGGUGUUGUAAGGGAGGUAAUGGACUUCGUUAGAGAUUAUUGAAAAAGUUACAAACAGCCAUGGUGGGCCAGGUACUAGGCGGAGGCAGAGAGAGCGGGAGUCUUCCUGUUUGCAGGUGCUUUUAAAGCCUACGUUAACCUAUGGGAAGGGAAGAACCUGGUGACCUCUGACCACCAGUAAUUGGUGAGUGGGGAGGGGCAUAGGUGUCCCUGGGCCAGGGUGUGAAUAAUCUGCACAUUCUUUGGGAUUGAGACUUUUUUUUAAAUUUUGGUGGCACUGGUGUUUGAAAUCAAGGCCUCACGCUUGCUAAGCAGGUGCUACCCCCUGAGCCAUUUGCCAGGCACAUAUUUGCAAUUGAAAAGAAGGCUCAGAGAAAGAAAAGAAUGUUCCACCUGAAAUGUGACCUUAAGGCACGUGUUUCAGGAGCCCUGGAGUUUUCCUGUCUUAGCCUGCCUCAGACUCACAUCAUGGUCUACUCUCCAUGUGGCUGCUGUUGGUUUUAUUUUUGAGGUGGGGUCUCUGUACGUUGUGCAGGAUGGCCUGGAGUAUGUGGGCUCACACGAUCCUUCCACUCAGCCCCCCCGAGUAGCGGGGCCCACAGGCCUGUGUCUGUUACUUUUUGAGUAGCUUUUAUGUUGAGGCAAGUGCAGGGAGUCAAAGUUGCAGACGUGGAAGAUGGAAAUUCAGUCUGAUGCUUUGAAAAAAAUCAAAUCAGGAGAAAACAAACAAAAACCAGGCUUAGGGAUGAAAGCCUCACUACAGACCCGACAGACACCAGAGGAGCAGGGAAGUCUGCUGAUCAUGUGAUGCUGAUGAACUCGGCUCAGUGGAAUGGAACAUUUUUUCAAAGGCACAAAUGAACGCUCACUCAGGAAGAGGUCAACUGAAGAGCCCUAGGAAGAAACUUCAGUUCAUCACUAAGGUCAGAACAGGCAUCAAUGUCUUCUUUGGGGCCUCAACCACCAGGAGCUCUUCCAGGACAGAUGGCGACCCCUCCUGACUGGGAUGCUUUUCUUUUAAAAUUUUUAUUAGCAUAAAUUAGUUGCACAAGGGAGUGUCACUGUGAAAUUUCCAUGCACGAAUACAAUGUACUCUGAUCACAUUCAUCUCUAUCUCAU